CCUUCUGUAACAAAACAUUUAGGCAGGCAAAUAUCCUUUGUAAUUUAUAUUUGGGGAUUGUAGGUGUCCUUAAGUAUGUAAACAGGCUAAAAAAUCAUUUUUAUUUUAUUCUUUUUCUGUGGGAUGUAGUUGUGUUUUCGUGUGAGCUAGGUGCUGUCAGGCCAGCUGCUCUGGGAUGUCAGCGCGUUUUGCAGUGACUCCAGUUUCUUCCAGUUGCUGCAGCAGGCUUUGAGGAUCCGUGGCUCUGGCCUGACAUACUGCACAGGCCCCAGGCUCUGUGGGAUCUCUGUAGGAGCCCCAAGGCACCAAGGUCUCUGCUGGGAGCUCAGCCCUGCUUAAUCCGUAUGUCAGCAGGCUAUGGGACCUGGUGCCAGUCCCUGGUCAAUCUAGGAGCAAAGCAGGCAUCAAAGCUUUUGCAAGAAAAUCAGAUUAGAUUCACGGAACCUGAGAUGUUUUGGAUGAAGUUCUGUAUGCCUUUCUUGGUGAACCAAGGCUUUGGAAGAUUUCUGACCAGCUCUGCUGCUCACAUCUCCACUCAAGGAAUGGAAAUAUCCAGUGCCAUGCUGCAAACACAGCACAGAGAGACAGCUCCCUGCCUUGAAAUGUGGCCUCUCCAGUGUGGGUUGGUUUUUCUGGCUUCCUUUGUGAGUUCCCAGUAUGAUCUAUGCCUGUAUUAUUCCUGGAGACUUUCAUCUUUAGUCCACAUAAUGUCCUCAUUACACUGUGUUUUUUUUUUUUUUUUUUCUUUUAAUGCUUUUGUUGUAAGGAGCUUAAAGUGUUACAGGACAGACGCAGGACACAAUUUAUGUUUAGUAUUUUCUCAGUGAAAUCAGCAGCUUUCCUGGCUGCGUCCCCAGUCUUGAUGUUGAUAUGUUUCUCUCUGCUCCAGGAUAAAAGCAGCACCUGCAUAAUAACCAGCUCUGAGAUGGUAUCUUCUGGGCAGCCCGUUUAACAAAUUACAGGUUGAGCAAAUUAAAAGCAAAUGGGAAAGGAACAAUAACAAGCAGAAGAUGUGUUUGCUGGCACUUCCACUAAGAGGUCAGGGCAUUUAAUUCUUGAGUAGCUCUACAAGAAGCUGCCAACUAUUUUUCUCCAUCCUUUACAAUGACUUUCUUUCCGUCAUUUCGGCUGGACGCCUCGCAGGGCUGGAUGCAGCCGCGGUGUGGGCAGGCACCGUGAGGAGGAGGCUCGGAGCAUCUCCCCAUCACAAACCAGCACAGCAAACCCUGGCCUCAGGGAUUCUUCUCUUCCCCAGUUUUUCCCUUCCUGCCUGCUCUGGAGAGCAGGGAGAGCUUCCAGUCCACCCCAGAUCCUGGCUUCUGGAAGUGAGCCUCAGCACUGAGAGAAUAAAACUUUGCAGCAGACCCAUCAAUUCCUGUGUAAUGAUUCCUCUGCAUCCUCCUGGAUUAUACAGCAGACAAGUCCUGCUUUCUUCUGCUACUCCCUCCUGACACAAACACUUCUGCCACUUGAGUAUUGGAGACAGCUUUAUGUUGCCUAUAAAACGGGCUUGAUGUCAGCUCAGUCCCUCGGCUGCCUUUUCUGUUUCUCUGGUCAUUCAGAUGACGGGAGGCUUGAAGCAAGGUGCAGAGCAGGAGAGUUUAUGGCUGAGCAGAUGAGCUAAAGAGGCUCAAAAUGUAAUUAAUUGUGUUUUGUGGAAGGGGUGAGCAAGGUGCAGGGGGCUGUGUCAUAUGUAAGGUGCUACGUGACACCCAAACCAUCAAUAACACCUAACACGAGUUACUGAAGGUUAAAGAGCUCCAGACUGGGACAGCACAAUCCAGCCCUGCUGGGUGAUCUCUGGAGGAAACAAAUGAAUAAACUGGAUGUGAAAGACCAGAAAAAAGCACUCGGGCUGUUUCUUUAGUCACAAGGCUAUAGCUGUGCCCAGAGGACAAAUGGCCACACCUGAAAUAGUCAUGGAUUUCCAGGCAUUGAUCCAGAGUGCUUGUGGAUCUCAAGCCAGGAAAAUAGACUUGAAUGGUUAAAAGGUAUAAAUUACUUUAAAUUAAUCAUUGAUUUACUCCGCCUCCCCAGAAGCUGGAUUCUAUGUCACUGAAUGAGGAAUAAGCUCCCGUUGCACACAGAACUGUGAAAGAAAUGCUCGCAUUCAGCGUUUCGGCCUCUUGUUCUUUCCGUGAGGCAUCAACCACUUCCCGCUGAGAUGAGUAGGUGUUGUGCAGUCCCCAGCAGCGAGCAGAAAAUCUCCAAGGCCAGUACAAGCACAUUUUCAACCCUCCCUGCAUUGAUUACACCCAUUCAGAAAAGCAGAGGAGCCAGCAGGUUUCUCCCAGGUGAGAUAGGGAUGGGGGGAGUGUUUCCCUCCGAUCUUUACAAAAUGGGGUUAAAUGUGACAAACGCCCAACUGAGCCUGCCCUCCUCCUGCACCCCGGGGUGCUGAGAGCAGAGGGACAGGGCUCACCCUGUAGCUGGUUUCGGUUGCACUCCCUGGGAGGGAAAUUCACUGCAAAAGCAUAAAUUACAGAUCAGCUGCUCCUGGGCGAGCUGAUGGUGAAAGCCUGGAGACAGAGAAGAUGUGGAGCUUGUAAGGAGGAGAGAGGCUCUAGAGAAGAUGCUCCGGCUGGCUGAUGAGCUGUUUCCCUGGUGUUGGUUUCUGUUGUAGCAGCCCAACUGCUGGGUAGGAGAGGGGGCAGGCUGUGGGCACUUACAGGAGGCACCCCCAAUAAUUUAAUUGGAGGAAAUACCAGGAGAAAGAUAACAGCAAGGUGAUGGCUAGAAAUCUCUUAAUGACUUAAAUGCUGACAGAUGCAGCAAGUCAUCAAGUGGCUGCAUGUAAUGGGCAGCGGGUGUGAGUGGGCUCCUUCCAGCAGUGGCUGUGAAGGGAAAACACGAUAGCUGGAACCUCUCCCCGAGAGCUACAGGCUGCUGGUGCUCCUCUGGGUGUUACUGCUCUGGAUUCGCCUACUCCCCCACCUGCUGACUUGGCAGGUCCCUGCAGCAUUGCGUGCUCCAGAAGGGAGACCAACUCUCCUUUGGCCUGAUCUGGCAGAGAGGACCACGACGUGACAGAGGAGAAUGAACUGUGUGCCUGUGAGCUGGGAGAAUAAAGCCACAUAACUUCAGGCCUGCUCUUCAAAUGAAGCUCCUCGCUAAUUAGUUUGUCAGUGGGAGCCUUUGAGAAUUAAACACAGGAGACAUAAUCUCUCUGCAAGAUAGGUAAACACCGCUGCAGAAAUUGGCCUUGCCCUCUUCUGGAUUGCCAGAGCACCAGGCCAUUAGGCAGAGCCGGAUCCUGCUAUCGUGCAAACCUUCAGACGGAUGUAGUGGCAUUUACAAUUGGUGUGGAGCAACAGCAGAUUCAGCCUGGUGCUUCCUUCCCUUAAGAGGCAAUUAAAAUGUGAAUGCACAGAGAGGUGCCUGUUUCGGAGACCUCAUGAAAACCUGCAGGGGAGUGUUUCCGAGGUGACCUUUGUCUAAUGAUCUUGCUGGACCAUAAACUUCCAGGCUUUCUCAGGCUCUCAUAAAUUCUCCUUGUGUGGUGGGCAUGGGUUAGGAGACAGCACUGAAGGCUGCUGCUUUUUGCUCCUGUUGUGCUCAGGAAUCGGGCUGUUGGCACAGGGCUGGUCUCAUUGGGUCAGAUGCUGUCCGUGCUCUUUCCUUCCACUGUUAGCCCCUGCUAAAAUUCCCUAUAAAACCAUAGAUCCCUUAUCCCUUCCAUCUGUUUUCAGUUAAAAGCAGGCAAAUUUUGCCUCUUAUUUGGACAUUUCUGACUUCAGCUAAUUUUUGAAUUCAGCAUCAAAUGGGAAUGAGCAGCUUCUCCAGAGGAAAGAGCCUGCUGUCGGCGGAGGGUUGGGAUUUUGCCUCUGAGGAUAGCAGAGCUUCCUCGUUUCUGGUAAGUUUGAAGUUAGGAGCCACCAGUCUGGCAAAGCCCUCUUGGCAAAACAUGAAUGCUCCUGAGCUAUCAAAGCUCUGCAAGGCAGUGAAUCUAUUCUGAAUUAUACCAGUGGGAAAUCUAGCCUUUAAUUUUAGUUCUUGAAUUAGCAGUUGUUUUAAUCACAUGAAUGCAGCCUGCCAGGUUGUCAGGGCCACAUAUGCGGAAUUCAGAACUGUUGCUUCAGUGGAGCCCUAAAUAUGUAACGUUUCAGCAAAGCCUUCCCCUUUUUAUUGGGUUUAUGGACCAUUAAGCUGAAAGUGCGAUGGAGAGUGAUGCGACAGCCAAUGGUGAGCUGCAGCAGGAGCAGCCUGCUUCAUCACUGCCUUGUGCAAUUAGGGAGCAGCUCACAGGUCAUUUGGUAUUAAUUGACCCCAUUAGGAGCUUGAGCACUUUAUGAAUGCUGUUAUACAACAUGAUAGCAGGGGACUCAAAUCAAUGACCCUGGCGGUCCCUUUCCAUCUGACAGCCUCUCUUGAACAGAUCUGGCUUAUAGGGCUGAUCCCGUUGAGCACCGUGGAGCCACACCAGCAUUCAGCCACUCCAGUUUCUACCCAGCAACAGUCAGCAAACACCAAAUGCCAGUUCUGCUGCACGUGGGACUGUCUCUCAGAUGUGCUAUGUGAAGAUUUUCUCCAGAAAGCCCAACCAAUGGUGUACUCUUCUACCACUUUUCUGAUAGGGAUGAGUAUGCCGAGCCAUUUUGAACCUCUUAUUACAGGGCCAGAGAAUCCUUAGAGGAGACACUGGAUCUCUGGAAGGGUUUCAAAUGAGAUUUGCCUGUUCUUUCUUUCCAGAAGCUUUUCUGAUACCCUCCUGCCCUCUUGCCCAUGUUCUAGUUUGCUGUAGCUAAGGAGGAAGCUUGGUUUUUGCCUGAAUUUUUAUGCUGACCUGCGAGGUGAAAUGCAAUAUGUUGCAGCAGAAGAUGCUGCUGUAUUGAGUGCUCGGGCUGGAGUAGUGCCUGGAGAAUAGAGAGGAGAAGUAAGUGUUCAUUCCUCUUCAGAGAUUUCUCCUUUGACCUUUGUUUUUCUCCAUCUCUGUGCUACCUUUUUUCCCCCUCUCUCUAGAGAGCAUGAAAGCAAUCAUUUUAAAAAGGGGCGAAUGAUUCAUGUUCGAUCAGCUCCAGCCUGCUCCGGAUAGGAUUCUUCUGCACUGAGCCAGAGAAGAGCCUCCGUUGAGUUGUUGCUGGCAACAUCCUGGCUGGUUACAGCUGUGUGGCCAUGGAGAGCAGAUGAGGGCAUGCGAGCGUCUGCGCUGCCUAAGCCGAGGAAGGAUGACCUAUACUCUGUUCGGCACACAGCUCGCAGCUUGUCUCCUUUCCUCCGGGCACCAGCUCUGCUGUCAGACAGCGGCUGAUGCUCAGUGUGGGAGCGAAGAGCUUGGCUGUGCUUGCAUCGGGGUCUGGCAUCAGGGAAAAUUUUCAUAGGGAUGCCAGCAGCACCUUUGAGUGUACCUGGGAUCUGAUUGCUGGGGUAGCUUCACAUAUAAGUUUUUUUUCUUCUUAUUAUUAUUUUUUCCUUCUUUUUUUUUUUUUUCUUCCUUUUUUUUUUUUUUUUUUUUUCUUCUCUGAACUCUCCAGCUCUUACACCCUGAGCACGUCCACCCCUCGGAGGUCCUGUCUCAGCACCCCCCCAGUUACUCCAGCAUCCCUCGGGGCGCUGUUUUCUCCUUCCAUUUCCAACUCUCGCCCCCAGCCCCUCACCACCCUGCCAGCAGCGACCGAGAGCCCCCUGCCCCCGUGCUCUUCACCCCCGGAGGCCAAUUCCCGGCCGGGGGUGUCCCCCUGUUUUGUCCCCCCACCCCCUGGUACCGCGGCUUUGUUCUGCGCAGCGGUCUGGGGGGGGCUCGGGGCUGCCCCUAGCGGAGGCCGCCCGGGGGCUUCCUCUGCCGGGGAAGGGGCUGCUGAGCCUCGGGCACCCCAGGGGGCGGGAGCUGCAGCCUGGAAGUAGAAAAGGAGGACUAAAAAAGAAGGCGGGGGGAGAGGCUGCGAGCCUGCCGGGCGGCGCUGCCCGCCGCAGGGAGGAAGAGGAGGCAGGGGAGGAUGCGAUGCUGCGGCUGAGCCCCGCCGGAGGAGGAGGAGGAGGAGGAGGAGGAGGACAGCAUCCUCCGAGGGGAAGGAGGGAAAAGGGGAGGAGGUGUCUGAGCUCGCCCAGAGCCUGCUGAGCCCUCCGGGGGGCUCUGGUGGCACCCGAGGAAAGUUUGCCGAGGAGAGAGAAGGAGGCAAGUGAGAGCCUCGGGCACCGCAGAGCCGUCGCUGCAGGGGAUACCCGGGGCACCCACUCCCUCCGGCUCCAACCCAGGGCUGGUGGAAGAAGCGGAAUCAGGGCUCCAGCUCACAUCAGCGUGCCGAGGUUCCCAGGCAGAAUAAAAGGACACUGCUGGAAAAACAUCCAUAUUGUUAGCCCGGCUAAUGGAGAAAAUGCCCUUUCUCUCCUGCACAUUGUCUGUUCUGAAAAAAUCUUUGCCUGCAGAGAGGCUUCCCUAGACAGACAUCCCCAGAUGAGGAAGAAUUGAAUCCUUCAGUGCAUCCGUGCCUGUCAGCUCCAGCUGAUGUCUCACUCAACAGAAACUUCACUGGAAGUUCACUGCUGCACUUCAUUCAGGUCUGAACAAAAGCCCGAGCAAAGGCAAUGAGACGUGACACUGGAGAGAGCAGCAGAGAGAGCUUUGCCUCAGCUGGAGGGAUUUCAAGGUAGCAGGAGACCAGCAGCAGCCUUCUCAGCACAGUGUGUGACCUGCGAGGACUGAAGUGACCUCUGAGACUCGCCUCAACAUGUUCAGCGAAAAGAGCAGCGCCUCUUUGACCCAAAAACCCAUCCAGAAGAAGACACGACCUCAGGGCCUUCCCUCCCCUGCUCUCUGCUGCGCGUGUGGACUUUGCAUCAUGCUGGCAGGGAUCAACAUCACGUUAGUGGGAGCGUUCGCGUUCGGGACCUUCCUCCCCGUGAACAAUCCCCCCAUCAUCAUCGGGCCCAUCUUGCUGGUGGUGGCCUUCACCUUCUUCGGGGCCUGCUGCAUCUGCAGCCGGAGGCCGCCAGCUCACGGGGCCAGAAAAUCCAAGCCGGGAUCCAACAUUGGUCUCAUCAAACCCGGCAACACGGCCUUUGAAAUCGAAACGAGCGAGCACACGGUGCAGGACACCACCGCCGUCCAGCUGAGCCCCACCAACUCCCCCAUCUCCUCCAAGAAGUCCACGCCGGUGCACGAGAGCACGAAGACUUGCAAGCUCUUCACCAUGGAGGGCAACGGGCCGGUGGCCAAGUACACGACGGGAGGAGAGGCGAUACAGCUCAACUUGCCCAGGGACCUGGCCGCAUCCUAAACCCGGGCAGAGCUUUUACCAGCAGCCAGCCAGACGCUGCAAUGGGUGGGCUGGAGUCUGAGGCUGAGGUGCUUGUGGAAAGCCAGCAGACAGGCUUCUCUAAACCAAUUUAAGGAAGAGGGAUGCCACAGCAGGAAAACUCCGGAUUUUUGCUGAAAGGAGCGUGCCCGUUACUUGGCUUCACAAAGAAAAUUGCUAAUGAUGUUGCUGUGAAAGGACGAAUUGAAAAGUUCUUGGGAAAAAAACAGCUUUUUGGGGAGCAGAGAGGACAAGGAGAAUGAAUUAAUUUGUCUAGCAGAAGGUGGAAACGUGAUGGCUGAAGGAGGGGCUACACAGGGUGCUGAAAAAUGACAGCUCUUUUUUCCUUUUUUUUUUUUUUUCCUGAAGUGAAGCAAUUCUUGAAUGUAAUGGGAGCAGGAAUGCAGUAAAUUACAGCGUGCUGCCACUCAGUCACAAGAAGAUUUCAGCAUUUUAGAGCCAGGCUUUUUGGCAGUAGGGACAAAAUAUCUGUGUUUACUGUUGAAAAAAGCAGUGUGAAACAAUCUCCCCUCCUCUGAAAAUCCUUACCCCAUUUCUCCUUGAGUUGGGUGACUUUACCAUCCAUGAUAAGAGACGAUGAAUCACAGGGAUCACAAUUAGCACUGGCAUUUUCCUCUAGUUUUAGUCGUGCUGGGCUGCAGUGGUGCUGCUCAGUGCAGUGUGUAUACUGGGAGGUCAGCAGGGCCAAAUUCUUGGGGACAAGCUCCCGGGGUAACCGGAGGCUGGGAGAGCCUGCAAAUGAAAUCUUUGCGUAAUGAUUACAUCCUGAGUGCUGCGGGGAGGCAUCUUCCUUUCCAUCAUCUUAUGGAAGGCUGGCCUGGGACACAUCAGCUUGGGGCAGGGGACUAAUAAUUGUAUGGGCUUCAGUAUAUCUAUGCUGGAAGGUGUUGAUUAUCUCUUUCUUGACAUGCCUGCCGGACCCACUGCACAGUGGGCAGUCAGUGUGGAACUCCUUGCUGCAGGAAACCAGCUGCUAAGGGUGUUCCUGGGCUUGCGAAGCAAUGGGAUGAGUUUGAAGAAGAGAAUUCCUAAAGAGCUGUUCAAGGCAAAGGCACCGGAAUAAAACACAGAUAUUGCUUGUCCAGACUGCCCUCCCAGCCUCCAACCAAGGCGCUUGGGAGCUUCCUGAGCUGGAAGUGGUGCCUGUGUUUAGUAGCCCUGAAUUGAUUUUUUUUCUUCUUCUUUUACUCCUUGUCUGUCAGCUUUUAUCAUUUGUGCUCCUGCAGCAUGGAGUUGUACAGCUUAAUGAGAGGCCGUAAACAUCUCUGCCUUUGUUUUAUUUUCAGCCUGCACCCUACUAAUUCUCCUUGAUACCCCGAAGCUCCCAAAUUAGAAAGGCCAGCAAACAGCCCGUGCCUCCCCACACCACUCAGGUUUUCUGGGGUCUUUGUCAUGUUUCUUUCUGUCAUCUAUUUCCUGUGGUACUUCACAUCUCCUGUAGACAGAGAGAGGUAAUAGUUCCCAGCUUGGCCAGCACCCCAUUCAGCCCUGAGGCUUUAACCAGCAGGUGUAUGGAGAGGUGUGAGGGAUGAAGGGGAGAUGGCUGAUAUGUGGGAUUAAGGGAUGGCACCUGGGGACACGGAGAGGCUGGCCAGAAGAGCCACGCUGCUGUACAGGCCAUGCACAGGGUGUCCUGGUUGUCUGGGGAGCUGAUGUCCCCUUCAUGGGCUUGGGGAGGAUGAGGUUGAAUUUCAUGCCUUGAUGAGAGGGAAGAAAAACUCUGGCUUGAAUGCUGCAACAGUUUGCUGCCUUGAGCAUCUGCUUCUAUACCAGAGACUGACUUGUGACACCAGAGUGAUUUUAGCAGGGCUGCCCUGUUGGCUGGAAGGGGCAGGAGCAAACCCAGGAGAGGGACUUGUCUUUGGAAGAUGUGGGUUCACAUCUAUGCUACAGCCUCCAGGUCCUGGGCAAGUGGUUUAAUCGUACUGCUGCUCAGCUGCCUGCCUGUGCAGGAGGGAAAAUAACUGCUCCCAGCUCCACAGAGCCGCUUUGAAGCUGAGCACAUUGCCAAGCAGCAGGGCUCGUAUCAGCACACCUGAAUCUGGAGGCUGCUUGAAGGUGGACGGGUCUGUCUGGUCUGAUCUCUUUGUGAUCCCCUUUAGAGCUCAUUUUCAUGGGCGAUCUCUGCUUCCAGCACCAGCUCCCCUUUGGCACGUGGGAACUGCUGUACUGAACAAAAGGCUCCCGUGUUUUUUGCCUGCUGGUGAUUGCGCUAGCAAUUAAACGGAACAGGUUGCUGCUCUGUGUUUGGCUCCCAGCUGCUGGCUCACCAGCCUUUUGGAAUAGCUGACAACACCCUGGAAGUCCUUUGGAGGCAUUGCCCGUGUGAAUACAGGUGUUGCAGCGCUUUUCUUUGAGCACUUGGAGGCAAAAAAAUAGUAAAAUCGAGUGGUAACCGUACAAAUUAACCAUCUGCUCACCAAAGGCUUGAAAACUAAGUCUGGAGUACGUGUGCUGGAGUGACUCCUUGUGACAACUGCACCAUGAAACGCUACCAGUGAUGGAUCAUGCAAUGACAAUACAACACAAGGCUCCUUUGGCAGGAAUGGGGACAGGUGCAGGACGCUGAGGGCCAGCUAGGAGCUCAGAGCGAUUCUCCCUUGCACUGUGGCAUCAGACAGCCCUGGGACACCUGGCACAUGCUGUGCUGCACACGCAGGCCUCCUUAAUUCUGGUGUUGCUCUGGGACCUGACACCCUUGGGACCCAGGGGACACCAAGAAGCAGGGACAGCGCCCGGGCGAGCAGAGGCAUAGGACCAGCAGGACGGCGAUGCCCUGGUGUGGUGGGUCUCUAUGCCGAGCUGUGACCCCGACCAGCACAGGAACAUCUGAUACCUUCCUCCUGAAGCAUAACUGCCCUGCUUUGUCCUUUUUCUGUCUUUCGGGAUUUCCAUGUCUGUCUGUCUGUCUGCCUCUGUGAUGGGCUGUGACUGAUGUUAUUGUGAAUCUCGUGCCUUCUUCUUGUGUCUUGAAACGAGGAGCGUUUCUUGUGCUCUGAGUCAGUUUCUGGUGUGAGAGUCUUUUUUUUUUUUUUUUUUUUUUUUAAUCACUAUUUAUGUAUGUGCAAUGUGGAAUUUAGAAAAGGCAGACCCAUUAAAAGAAUUGCACUCAGUGAGCAUUGGGCCUGGCUGCUCUUUUAGUCUACCACUGCAACCUCCCUUUCCCCAGGACUGUGUGUGUGCUCCCCAUGGCUGGAUGCAUUCAUUUGGCCUCAUGCUCCACACUCACCUGCUUGAUUUUCUAGCCAGCACAAUUACUUUCAAGGAAAAAGUAUCCCUAAAAGUUCGUGUUACCUGUUCUGAAUUCAGCUUCUCUGGCAGUGGAAAAGGGGCCAGGGUAUUUUAGCUGAUCCUCUCCCAUCCUGGAUACGGGAGGUGUUUUGUUUGUGGUGUGGGAAGGGGUAGAAGCUGCAUCUGUGCAUGUCUGGGUGUAGGGCUGGUGCCAUCACCUUUCUGGGCUCCUUCUGGGCUUAGCCCAGCGUGGUCUCUUGGAGAUGAGGCAAGGAGAGAGCACAGCAAGAAUAAAGAGGAUUUGAGAGCCUUGCAAAUGCGCCCUGUCAAAGGGCUUCCCUCCAAUGUGCAGCCAAGUGAUCUGAAAUGAGAGGGAAUCUCUCCGUGCCAGGCAGGCUGGCUGGUUAGAGGCCUGGGAAAUGAACUGGCUAAGAAGGCUGCUCUGCCAGCAUGUGUAAAAUGAGAACCCGCUCCCUUCAGGAAGGAUUUGUUUUGGCCAUUGGAAAGAACUUCCCAGAAGGGCUUUUCUCUUUUAAAAGUAGGAGCAGAGAGAAAAGCUGCUGCUGCUCUCCUGAACCUGCCCCCGGCCCGUUCCUGCUGCAGCACCUGCCCAGCACCAACCCCAACCAUGAGCUUCUCUCUCCACCUAGAAGAAUAAAGCAGAAAUGUAACAUGGAAUCUAACUAGCUUUCCUGGUUCUCAGCCCAAAUUUAUAGAAUCAUAGAGUAUCCUGAGUUGGAAGGGACCCACAAGAAUCAUUGAGUCCAACUUCAAUUUAUUCAUGACUAGUUAAUUGCCUGUUAUCCCUGUGCCAGCGAUGUCUUCACACUGAGAUACCUCCAGACAAUUUCUACCCCCAAAAUAUUUUAUAUUUGUAGCAGAUUUCCAGGAGCCCACAGAAAACUUUCAAACCUGCCAGAUCCCUCUUGGGCAAGAAGUAGGAUGUUUUUCCCUGGGAAAAGAAUUGGAAGAGGGAAAAAAACUCCAUGAAAAUGCAGAAAUAUCCAUAAAAAUGCGAAGCCUCCAUGUGCAAAGUCCCUCUUAAAUACGUAACUGAGCUUUUAUGCCAUUAGUCCUCGGUGAGCCCAUAGCAAAUGUGCUCAACUUAGAGGCUGAAAGGCUGCUUUUCUCCAGCUGCCAGAAGCUGUCAGCAUCCACGGGAGGGACCCUCAGACACCGGCAACUGCCCCACUGCCACCCCUGCAGAGCCUCAAUGAGGAGGGGACCAGGGCUCAGGCUGUAGAAGGCAGCUGGGCCAUCAGGGUUAGUCAGUGGGGAUUGUUCCUUACAGGCUUGUUUCCACGGCUCUGUUCAGUCUAAUUUAUGAUGUCUGUGGAGAGGAGAUUUUGCCGUUUCCAUCAGCAGAUCUCCUGCUACUUGCAAUCACAGUCAGCCUCUCGCCGUGGGACCCGCACACGCUGACAUGGCUUUGAAUUCUCAGAGCACAGAGGGUGCCAGGGCUGGCAGGGCAGAUUACAUUUUCUAAGGGCAUCCUUGAAUAUAAAGAGUCCCCAGGAGUUUUUCCAGGGAGCAAAUUUUCAUCAGGAAAAAAAAAAUGAUUUCUUGAAAUUGGCCUGCCCUGAGAAGACACUGGCUUGUGAUGCUUUUGCCAGGCAAAAAAUAGCCCAGGUUCCAGAAGAAAUUUCUGAUCCAGUCACUUGAUAAUUUCUCUGCUACCCAAUCCUCUAGGCUACACCUAAAAUAAGAUAGUGCUGGGCUCUGCCUCCAUGUGGAGACCAAACUUCUAGGCCAGCUUUAGGGCUGUGGUCCCUUCCCAGACCCCCUGCUCCCAUCAGGUUCCAAGCGCCAGACCUCUCCACCAGGGCUUUUAAUAACCUGUGCCUCCAGGGACCUGUACACGCUUCCAAAGCCAUCGCAGGGGGUCUCUCCUGCUGAAACCUUUGCCUGGGUUUCUGGCGUUAACCUGCUGUGCCGGGGAACAGAGCUUUGCAUGCAGCUCUCUGGCCUGGUGCCAGAAGCCUAUCUGACGAAGUUUGCUAUAAAGUCAGGGAAAUUAUUUCUCUUGCUGGCACACGAGGCAGAAAAGACACUUCUCUUGGAGACAAAUCCUCCUCCGUUGUUAUCUUGGUAUGAGAAAUCGGGAUGAUCUAUGGUUUAUCUCCUUAUCGCCAGCUGAGCCGGGCAAACACGAUGCUGGAGCUGUUCCCCCCUCUCCCUCCUCCAGCAGCCGGUGCUUUAUCCAGUUGGGGGGCCACAUCCAACCCUCAAUCAAAGCCUGCAGAGCCCCUCGUUCAGGUCAGCAGUCCCCAAGGUGCUGGGGAAGGGAAGCAGGGACGAGCUCUCUCUGCAGGAGACGGAGAAACAAUCCCGCUCGUUUUGUUUUCCUGGCGUGAUGCAUUUCUCCGGCACAACACUGAAUUUCCCCAGAGCUCCGAGCCACGUAUAUUUUCAUGCAGCCUCAUUAAAAACAUGACUUUGAGUCUUAAACUCGCAUUUGUUCUAAAGAGGAGCUGUCUGCCGGGAGAAUUAAUUCCUCUGACUGAAGUCACCUCCCUGGAAGUACUGCUGUUGUCUUCGAUUUCAUGGCUGAGAUGAUUACUCUCUUCCAACACCCAAGAAUAACAAGAUUAGGGAAUUUGUGGCAAUGAAGGCAAGGAGGAGGGAUUGGCUAAAAAAAGAGAAGAUAAAUUGAAUUUUCCUUUUAAAAGAAAAGGAAAUGGCUAUUUCGGGGAAAGUUUGGCUUUGGGGAGAUAAUAGCAGGGAUAGCUAUGCCGAAGCCAAGUCAGGUGAAAGCUAUCAGGUGCUUUGUGGCGUUCUGUUCAUCUACAUUGCUUCAUGACUCUUGGGUAUGUCAUUUAUAGCUAAUUUGGGAAAUAUUAAACCCAGUCCCAAGAACUAAAAAUCAGUGAAAAAAUGAGCGUAAAUUGGCAGAAAUUCAUGUGAAAUACCUUGCUGGUGGAAUUUUGGUGUGCUGCAGCUGAAUGACAGCCAAACGCUGCUCGUCAGGUCUGGCCAGGGAUUUUUGGUGGGGAGAAGACCUGGCCAGAGAUUUUUGGGGCAAAACUCUGCCACCUGGAAGGUGAGUGCAGCCACCGGGGAAAACCAAUUCAAAGGGUUUGGGCCAUGCUUGAACGUGACUGUGCUGGAGACAGCAGCACCCAGAGGGGGCAGUUGGCAUCCAUCGUCAGCGAGGGGCUGGGCAUCCCUCUGGCACUGCGCAAGAGCAAAGGAAACCCAGGGAAGUGGGUCAAAAAUGAGGCAUUUUCUGGAUGAUUCAGGAAAGUUGGAGGAGGAGGCUGGGAGGAAGACAGCAACUUGCUGGUGUGGAGCUGCAGGAGCAGGCUGAAGCUGUGGAUACUGAGGGUUUGCAAAUCUGGAACAGGGAUAUUCUGAAACGUGGGUGAUUUGCUGCACAGGUGGCACACAGAGAAGUGUGUGUGCAUCACACCGGAGCUGUCACAUCCCAAAGGAGCCCCAGGCUCCCUUUUCCCUGCGGGGCAGGGCAGGAGAUGCCCCCCGGGAGGGACAAUUGCCAAAGGGAAAGGCUCCUCUCCCUUGACACCAGCAGCACUUGAGCAGGGCUAAGGCUCGCGCCGUCAUUAGGCUUAAUGCUUCUGUUAUUUGUGCUGUCAAUUCCCUUAAUGGCGCUCCAGCAGCAUGGAGCGGGGUGAGUCACGGCCGUAAUUAUUAACCAGGCUCUGGCGCUGAGCAGGCAGCCGAGGAGCAGCUCCGCAGCAGCCCGGGUCGAUGAGGAUGGAGCACGUUCGCUAAUGAGCAGGUGCAAAGUGCAUUCACCGGGAGAGAAAAGGAGAAAGAGCGGCUGGGGUGAGGUGUUUUGCCUCAUUAUCCUCCUGAAAUACCUAACUGCAGGUGGAGGAAGAGUGCCAGGGGCUCACCUCGUCCUCCCCACAUCCCUGUGGUUUUAAGAGCCCCUUGGAUGCAGGCCCCUGGGGUUUUGUGACAUAGGAAAAGGGCUGGGAGCUGGGGCCCGAGAUCCUGAGCAGGAAUAAGCAGCAGUGGGGUGGGAGAAGGGAGUCAGUGCUCCCAUCUUAGGGCAGCAGCUGCCUGGAACAGCAAUUACAGGCCCUGCCGAGCCAGCACGGCUCCGGGCAGGCCAGGGGACCUGACGCGACCGCUUGGCAUUUUGCAGGCACGGAUCUCUGUCGGUAAAAGAGCAGAGCCUGCAGUGAUAAGGGCAGAGAUUCCUCUUCUUUUACGCUCCGUGAGGCAGCGCAGGAGGAGGGCGGCAGUGACGGGAUCGAGGUUCAUCUGUACCCUGCCAGGAGUGACAGCACGACAGAUGGAAGCGAUGCCCAUCCCAUGGGAGCAGAGGUGGCAAACAGCACCCUGAUGGAUGACACAGCCCUCCAGCCCUCCCCAAGCCUGCUUUGUGGGGCCAGGAGGCAAAAUCAGGGGGAGCUUCUGCUCCUGGAUGGGCAGAAGGAGGAGGCUCAGUGGCUCUGCCUGCCAUUUGCAGCCUUCCACCCUUAAACAAAGUCACGCAAAGCCCUCUAAUAGCCUUCAAUCAUUUUCCAAUUAAUUCCCCUCGCUCCAGAGCCUUGUUUAAGGCUUAUGGGCUUGAAUCUAUUUUCACAAAGACCAUUUACUGCUCCAGAAGGUGGAAAUUAGGAGGUAGCAAUGAGAAAAAAGAGCAGUCUUGAGGGUGCACUGCUCACUUUGGCUGCUGUACUAAGCAGGGGGGUAAAGCACCAUUAAGGUCUGUAUAGCUCGGUCCCUGGGAGACACAGCUAUCAUUUAGUGUCUGCCUAUCUCUGAGCUUCAGCUUGUCCCUUUAUUCGCAGAUGGGCUAACCUGGGGCUGAUUGUACCCCGGCUGCACCAACAAAUAAAAAAAGAAGAAGAAACUCAGAGGCUGACUUCAAAUUAACAAAGUUUAGCAGUCCGUGAGUAGGAAGAGAUACAGGUUUGCUUCUUUGGUCUGCUAAUUUCGAGAUCCUUUGUUCCCAGCUUCCAGGGGAUGUGUAUAUUCCCUGUGAUGGACUCUUGUAGUUUCUUCUGCCUCUCUUGCCCUUGUUGAAAAAAAAAAAAAAAAACAAAACAAAACAAAACAAAACACUGAAACUCUUGCAGGAAAAAAAAAAAAUAGUUGAAACCAUGAACUUCUGCCAAAAUAUUAGUGCCAAGGAGCCAACAUACUCUAACAGGGCCAGCUUAAGUGAAAAUUUCUGGGCAGGCCCUGAAUUGGGCUUCCCAUUUCAGCUUCACAGCUUAUUGGUACUGCAGUAGUAACUAUACUCCUAAAUGGCAACAGAUCUGUACAGGUUCCUCAGAUUGUCUCCGCUCAGACCGAUGCCUCCAGCUCCCCCAGAAGGCAAGUUCCACAGCAGCAAAAAAAAAUAAAUAAAAAAUAAAAAUAAAAAAUCUCUAUAUUCUUGGCUCUAAUUAACUCCCUGCAGCAAGAGCCACUUGGGUCGUAAUGGGCGAGUGGCUUUCAGCCACGCUGUUUAUCAGCUCCCUGGAUGUAAUCAGAGGCAGCUUGAUCCGAUUAGAUGGCAGCAGCACAGGGCAGUGCCAUACAUCCUGCGGGCAGCAGCACACGGGAGGAGGAGGAGAUGCAAUGCUGAGAAACUGCUACCUUCCCCUCGGGAUAUAAUGUCAUCCUCCCUUCAGUUCCCGUGACUAAGGGGAAAGUUCUUGAUGCCUCAGAAAGCUCUUCAGUGGCUACCAAGGGCUGAGCCUCUAACUCAUGGGGGCUGUCCUGACAUCUCUUCCAGCCUGCUUUAAGGUGCUGAGAUACCCUAAUGUACCCAUCCAUGCUGCUCCUGUCCUCUCUGACUCUUGGAGACUUACCUGGGGGCAGCAGCUCCUCUGUCCCCUUGGCCUCUUCUGGUAUUUCUGCUCCAUGCACAUGUGGAAGGAUGCUGGGGGUUUCACUUCUUACAAAGAAGGAGAAGAUGCCUGUGAUUUGCUGUGAACA